GCAGAUUUGGACAUAUUCGCCAUCGCGUGAAAUCUAUAUGUGUGUCGACAGUCCGCUCUAGAGGUCAUGAACGGAACGCCAUGGAACUCAACACGGACACGCAAAGAGCCAUCAAGAUCGUGGCGCCAGGACGCAUUGCUGCGGUAGAUGGCGUCUCAAUACCUGCCAUUGGAAGCGACGAGGUUUUGGUCGAGGUGAAGGCUGUUGCUAUCAACCCAUUCGAUGGCAAAUCGGCGGAACUAUCACCCACGCACAUGGCUACUGUCGGCUGUGACUACUCGGGGAUUGUCAUUGCCGUUGGCAACGACAUGGCGAAAGCUGUGAAGGUUGGCGAUGGUGUGUGCGGCUUUGUGUUUGGCAAUAACCCUUACCGGCAAGACAACGGAGCCUUCGCCCAGUUCGUUGCGGCGCCUGCGGAUCUGGUCAUGUGCAUUCCGGCGGCGAUGGAGUUCGAAGCGGCGGCAACGCUCGGAGUGGGAAUGGCCACGGCUGGACUGGUACUGUAUGGAGAACUCGGCCUACCUAUGCCCAUGCCAAUGCCCAUGCCCAUCGGUGGUGCAGCUGGAGGCCAGUCUGAGAGCAGAGGCUAUGCGUUAGUCAGCGGGGGCAGCACUGCUACCGGAACGCUGCUGAUACAGUUGCUUCGCCUCUCCGGAUUUGCAGUCGUCUGUACCUGCUCGCCGCACCAUUUCGCCCAGGUGAAGCGUCUCGGGGCAGUGGAAGCAUUCGACUACCGAUCACAACUCUGCGGCAACGAGAUACGGACCUUUACCAGCAACCAGCUUGCAUAUGCCAUUGACUGCGUAACAACCACAGCCUCCAUGCAGGCGUGCUACGAGGCCCUUGGCACGGCGGGAGGACGCUAUGUCAGCCUGGAUCCCUUCCCAUUACGAAGCCAUUCCCGUCGCAGCGUCCGGCCGUCGUGGGUGCUGGCGUUGACUCUGUUCGGCCAAGCGAUUCCGUGGACGCGGCCAUACAAGCGGCCGGGCCGAGUGAAGGAUCGGCAGUUCGGGCGGGAGUGGAUGAAGGUGGCCGAGGGCCUCCUGGCAGCAGGACACGUGACGCCGCAUCCGCAUCGGAGUAUGAGCGGCGGACUGGCGAGCGUGGCCGAAGGGGUCGAGGCGGUGCGGCGGGGAAAGGUCCCGGGAGUGAAGCUGGUGUAUCGCGUAGAGUGAGGUAACUCAGUAACU